AUGAACUGCACUCCUAAUGCCACCAUCACUCCACAGAUGGGACUAGUCCUGAGCCCAGGGCCUGGAGAUGGAGGGUCCCAGGAGAGUGGUGGUGGUGGUGGUGGUGGUGGUGGUGGUGGCGGAGGCAGUGGGGGCCUUUGGGUGACAUUCCUGCUCGGUGCCACACUGAUGAUCAUGUGCGCCAUGGGUGUGGCGGGCAACACGUACACCCUCAUGAUUACCCGUUCAGCCGCCUUGCGCCGGACAGGUUCCAUGUACGUUUACAUCAUCAAUCUGGCUCUGGCAGACCUGCUCUACCUCUCCACCAUCCCCUUUGUGGUCUGCACCUACUUCGCCCACGACUGGCUGUUUGGCGAGGCCGGCUGUCGCAUCCUGCUGAGUAUCGACCUCCUCACCAUGCAUGCCAGCGUCUUCAUCUUGGUGGCCAUGAGCCUGGAACGCUACCGUGCCGUCGCUCGGCCCUUCAGUGCCCACAGGUCCUCGUCCCGUAAACGAAAGCUAGCGGCAGGGAUUAUCUGGGGUUUGGCUUUCGUGCUAACGCUUCCCAUGAUGGUGAUGAUCCGGCUCAGGGAGGGCAAACCAACUGCGGCUGGUUUGGUUAAGAGCAUAUGCUUCCCUACCUGGACCCCUGAGGCCUUCAAGGCUUACAUCACGGUCCUGUUUCUUACAAGUGUUUUAGUUCCUGGAUUGGUAAUCGUCGGGCUGUAUAUGGGGCUAGCCAGCCGCUACUGGGCAGUGCAGGCUAGUUUAGGAGGUAGCAGCUGGUCUGCCCGGAGGAGAGGACUCAAACAAAAAGUCGUGUCAAUGAUCUUUAGCAUCGUAAUGGCCUACUGGGCUUGUUUCUUGCCUUUCUGGGGAUGGCAGCUAGCCAGACUGUUCUCUCCAGAGUCCCUCAAAGCUUUGUCUCCAGCUGCUCAUAAUUAUGUCAAUUUCUUUGUCACAUGUCUGACCUAUGGGAACAGUUGCAUCAAUCCAUUUCUUUACACUCUUCUUACCCGGAACUAUAAAGAUUACUUGGCCCAGAAAGGUCAGUCUGUGGGUUCAAGCAGGGCUGACCCCGGGUCAGCUGUAACUUUGCCACUGCAGGACCUUUAG